AUCCGCCAUACCGAGCGGGACCGAGGCACAAGGCCCCUAGGCAGUGAAAGAUCGCAUCCAACACCAAUCAAUGGCAAUAAUGGUCCAUUUGUUUACGAAAUCGACGGUUUUUGGGUAAAAAUGUGGCUUUGCACGCGACGCGAGUGAUGAUUUCAAGCAAGAAUGUGGUGAAAGUGAACUGAAAGUGUUAUCAAAGACUUGAAAUGGCGUUGGUGACUGUUCAGCGCUCUCCAAGUGUCAGCAACUCUCCCUCAACCUCUGACUGCGCCUUGGUGGGCUGCGGCUCCUGCUCGCCCGAGGACGACGGCGCCGGACGCAACAAUGGCAGAAGCCUGUCGGAGUGCUACUUCGCCGGCAAGGGGGCCGCCCUGGUGCUGCCGCCCCACGAGCGCAUGGCGCGCUCGGACCGGGCGGGCCGGUGCGACAUCCAGCAGCACCUGCAGUCCAUGUUCUACCUGCUGCGGCCCGAGGAGACCCUCAAGAUGGCGGUGAAGCUGGAGAGCGCGCACGCGGGCCGCACCCGGUACCUGGUGGUGGUGUCGCGCGAGGGCCGCACGCACCACGAGGAGUCCUGUCUGCUGGGCAUCGACUGCAGCGGCAACCAGGCCUCCGACAAGGCCUCCACCGUGGGGCUGGUACUGCGAGUGCUGGCCGACACGGCCAUCACCCUGGACGGCGACGGUGGGUUUAGCGUCAGUGUUUGCGGCCGGCAGCACAUCUUCAAGCCUGUGUCCGUGCAGGCCAUGUGGUCUGCGUUACAAACGCUUCAUAAAGUGAGCUCCAAGGCGAGGGAGCACAAUUUCUUCUUAGGUGGCGUUACACAUGAUUGGGUAGAGUAUUAUGAAAACCGCAUUGAGAGUGAUCGCUCCUGUCUCAAUGAAUGGCAUGCUAUGGACAACAUUGAGUCUCGGAGGCCACCAAGUCCUGACUCAGUCCGCAGCAAACCCAGGGAGCGCGAAGAAACAGAAAUGGUGAUUCGUUGCACUCUCAAGGAAAUCAUGAUGUCUGUUGACCUGGAUGAAGUCACAUCCAAGUAUAUACGAGGCCGCCUAGAAGAUCAGCUUGACAUGGAUCUCGCAGAAUACAAGUCCUUCAUUGACCACGAGAUGCUGACAAUUUUGGGCCAAAUGGAUGCAGCCACAGAGAUCUUUGAUCAUGUUUACUUAGGCUCUGAAUGGAAUGCAUCUAACCUAGAGGAACUUCAAAAGAAUGGCGUAAAUCACAUUUUAAAUGUCACUAGGGAAAUUGAUAACUUUUUUCCUGGGAUGUUUAACUAUUUAAAUGUCAGAGUUUUAGAUGAUGAGAAGACUGACUUGUUAAAACAUUGGGAUAAUACGUUCAAGUACAUCACCAGGGCCAGGAAAGAAGGCUCUAAAGUUCUAGUCCACUGCAAGAUGGGUGUAAGCCGGUCGGCAUCUGUUGUUAUCGCUUAUGCUAUGAAAGCGUACAACUGGGAUUUCAAGAAAGCUUUUGAGUUUGUCCGACAAAAACGGACAUGUAUAAAACCGAAUACCAGUUUUAUCUCACAGUUAGAAACCUAUCAGGGAAUAUUAGAUGCAAUGAAAAAUAAGGAGAAGCUACAAAGAUCAAAGUCAGAGACAAACCUUAAGUCUCCAGGCCUUGUCGCAAAGGCAGAGGCUACGUCUUCUGGGCCAACAAAUCAGCUCCGAAGGACUGGUCCUUCUGCUGCAAGCGCUAUGAGCACAAGUGAGCCCACUGCGAACAUUGGUGAUGCAGCCCCUAGACAAUCCGAGCCCAUUGCUGUACCAGGCAUAAUGGCUGCAGAACCGUCAGGAAAGGAAUUGGCCAGCUGUGGGGGUAGGCCGAAGUCUUGGUCCCCUGACAACACACUAGUCUCAACUCUCUUUAGUCCACGGCCUCCUGCAGGCCCUACUUCAGUCUCUCUAGAACACCUCAACUCAGAUGGGAAUACAACUAAUUCACCUGAGCGAGACAGCACUUGUGAUCAAUCCAGUACAACAUCAAGCAUAUCAACCACUCGAGGGCAUCAAAGUUUAGGAGAACAACCAGUUACUCGCAAUUACAACAGAAAUGAGAGAAUGCCUUGUAGCAAUGGACUUAUGUACAGUGUAUCUCAAAACAAAGUGGUACAUCUUCCGGGUUCAAGUCCUGCUUCAGCAACAUCUAGUCCCGCUCUUAUUGUGAAACAAAGAGUGACACAACUGGAGUCAGCUGCAAGAACAGGGCUCGUUCUCAACCUUACUUCUCUGCUUGACUCUGAUGCUGUGGAAGCGACUUCGCAGCCACUUGCAGAGGGGUUGGAACCAAAAUCCGAAGAAUUAGUGAAAACUCAUGAAGUCUCGUCAGAAAAGACAAAUUUGGAGAGUGAGCCAGAGAAAAUCUCCAACCUGAAGAAGCCUGAAGAUCCAUUUUCGAACCAGCUUGAUCUUGUGUUUGAAAAAGAGGAACAGAAACGGAAGGUUUCAGUGACACCCAACUGUGCCGAAGGCAAUGCAGACGUUUUGACACAAAGAGAUUGCCCCUCCAGGCAAAGUUCUUGGAGCUCGUACGACAGUGCGGUAGUGCUUAGGGAGGCUCCAUCGAGGCAGAGCUCAUGGGGCUCUGGUGAUACUCGAUGGGGCACACUCCCUUCCCGAAACAGCUCUUGGGGCUCUUAUGACAUUCGCCCUUCUGCUCCUCAACAAGACAAAGAAGACGGAUGGCAUCCAGGCUCAGUUAGACGGACUCGACACAAAAUUGAGGAAGGGAAGGAAGACAACGAAACUCCCACUUCUACUUCUUUGUCCUCAACAUCUGCCUCUCUUCGACUGCACACACCUCGACCCUACCUUGCACCUUCAGCCACCUCCAAAAGUGCCAGCUCGAAGUCCCCUCCAGAAACGAAAAUAGUUCAUUAUGCUAGUUCUCCUACAUUAUCCUCUCACAGUGCAGGUGAGAAUGAUGUGUUAUUGGGUCUUCUCGGUUCACCACCAACUGACAAGAUAGCAGUGUCACAACCGAACAUGACACUUUAUCAUCCCAGUAGAACUUCGUCCGAUGUGGAAUCUGUCCUGUCUGUUAGUGCUCCUGCCGCAACUUCACUUUCUUUAGUUCCUGGAAUGAGGUUUAAUGCACCAAUGAAUGACUCUGUUUCGGAACUCCCUGGUAAGGUUAAGAAUCUCACAAAAGAAUUUGAAGUCAAGUCAGGUGCAGUAUCUGGUCCAGUGACUAAAGACAGCCAAACUGUUGGAGCAUCCACCGAGAGGGUCCGCAGUUUACCUUCAUCACCUGUUAGUGUACAUCCUGAUCGUGAACCUCAGCCUGCUACAGGCAGCCCUCUCCCCAGUCCUUCUUCAUCAGCAGAGGACCUAUCUGUUAAAGUACUCGUAGGGAAGUACGAAAUCGCAAAAGCGGUAGAACCUGCGCCAUCAAAAAGAACUAGGAUUGUCUCUGAGAAUGAAGUUCCACGGAAAGCAUCACAACCUCCCAUCCCACCUCGAAAGUCCAGUUUCGAUGUGCAAAACAACACUUCGUCAUUACGGCAUAAUUCUGUGUUAGUAAAUCAUCUAAAUUUAAGAAAUGGUGUUAAAGCUGGAGGUGGGCUCCGAGUUGGUUGUCCCCCUCCCAACAAAGCCAUAUCUAGUAUUCCUAGCCCAAGUGUAGUUGUUGCAAGUGUGAUGGCUGUGGCAAACAAUAAAAAGCAACAGCAGGGCAAGACCCAUCCUCUGGCCAGGUUAACGUCAAUGAGCAAGGUUCCUCGACACACGAAUCCUGUGUACAAUACAAUGUGAUUUGAUUUUCUUAUUGUUAUGCUAGCAUAAUACAUACAUGUUUCAGUUUCUGUAGUGUUCUGACUCAUUGAAGAGCAUUGAACCAUAGACCUCUAACUGAAUUUGUGACUUCUUUAAAAUAAUGCACUUUAAAAAGUGCAACUUUACUUUGAGCCAGAUUUUUUUUAUUCUUGUAUUGACUUAUGGCUAAACAGUAAACAUUUUGGCUUCCAUUUGUGCCAAGUGUGCUUCUGGCAAAGUGGAAUAGACAGUGUUUAUUUUGAAGUGUUGUGAUGAUAUGCUUGUGUUAAAGUGCAGUUCCUAUUGUCAAGAACUUGUAUGGAGCAGAGUAGUGCUAUGCAGGAGCAAUGUAGACAGCAUUUCUGUUACUUCAUAUUUAAUGUUUACCAAGAUACUGAUCUCUUUUCUAAAUCGUCUGUGCCAUUUCAAGUUAACUGUCAUUCAGUAGCAUUACUCUGCACCCAACUCUAGUUCCCCUUUGUUUGGAUUUUUUAAAAUCAGGUAAUCAGGCAAUUCUUCUGUAGCACAAGAUGUACCAGUGUGUCACCCCUUUGACUUCACAUUUUGUGCAUAGUAUUUUGAGAGUUGAGCUACUUCUUUUGUGCAUGUUUUGGGUUUUUCUUUUCCUUUAAAUUAUUGCACUGACUAGGAAAAUUUUCUAUGAGGGGAACAGAGUUUUAGAAGGGGAGGGCCCUGCAAACAUUGUGAUAUCUUUUGUUUCUGUGUUAUUGUGUACUCUAGUUAUUUAUAUGCAUUGUGAUUUGAAUAUACUUGGGUUGAGUGACCCAUCGGCAUCACAGUCACCAAAUAAAAUAUUUUUUUAUAACUCAUAUUAAAGGUUGUUACCUAACCGAAAGAAUAUGAUAAUUUUUGUGCUUUUUAGUAAAACUUCAACUUGUUGUUUUGCACAAAAAGGCUUCCCAGCAGAAAUAUGUUUCCAGCUUAAUUUUACUACUGUCUGUUUUGAGUUUUAAAAUUUACAUAAACUGGUGAAGAACCCAGAUUUAUGUUUGUAAAUUAUACCUCUAUCAUCUAGCUUAAAUAUGAGUAGAAUGGUAGAAUGUUGCCUGUAAAUAUAUUUCUGCUGACUCAUUAUGUUGUAAGUAAGGCAUCAUUGUGUUUGUCCAACUUUUGUUUUGGUGCAUUUCUUCUCUUAGUGAUGGAAUAUUUUGCUUUCAAACAUUUUAGCUAAGCAAAGUACAAAGAUUAAUUUCAUUCUUACUACAAAUUGUUUGAUCAGUUUACCCUUUUCAAGGCAAAUUUGGAGGACCACACAAUGGUGCUCUCAGCCAUUUGUAAACUCACAAUAGAUUUUCAAUAACGUAAUGACAAGUGAGAAUUUUGAGUCUGAUUGUAUCUCUCUUUGUCAUUGACCCAGUGUUCAUUUCUGACUAUUGAUUUGUUCGUUCUAAUUGUACCCCAUUCCUCAUAGCUUGAAACUCAGAACAGGGGUGGUGUUUGACUGAAAUUGUAGUUGUUAGAUGCAGGAACCGGAAACUUAAGUUCUGCUUUAUUAUUUGCUCAUCUUAUCCUUUGUCCCAUGACUUUUGACAAUAAUUCUUCAUCCUUUUUACUUUUGUUUUAUUGUUUAAAUAUUUUACUGACUUAAAAUUAUAGACUGAAUCAACCAUGUAGUGUUCUGAUAUCAAUUGAGACAAGAUGUCAUAGACAUGUCUUCUGAGUACUUGCUUUCCUUAUUCUUUUGUGACAAAAUGCAAUCAAUGGUUCUUGCUCUGUUAAAACAAAAGGGACAUUAAAAAUCAAAUGAAGAAAUAUAUCUGUAAACUUUAGUUGUUGUUUACUGAGUUAUCUUCUUUGCACUCAAUUAAAGUAAUGAAUUUUUAUGUUGUUCACCUUCGAUGAUGUCCUGAUCUAUUUACUGCCACAGACCUUAAGUUGCUAUGUGUUUUUAUCAGUAAUAAAAAGUCAUUUUCUUUGGAGGAUCAGAUCUUUGCUAUCUUUUGUAGAAGUUUUAAACGGAUCAAAUUAGAAUACCUUACAAGAAACGUUGAAUUAAAUUACAGCGUAAAGUUAAUGUUGAGUCUUCUCACAGUAGGUUGUUUGGUGACCUGAAUGGUCACCUGAAGGGUUAAUCCUCAACCAACAUCUUUGCUUCUGUGAAUGUUCUCAUAAUUUUGGAUGAUGUGCUACGUGCUUCUCCGAGCUAAAUUUGUUUCUGAAAUUCUAGUCCAGCUGUGCGUUUCUUGUCUAAGGUACCCUUGAUAAUUUACUACUUGCAUAUCGUAAGUUACUGUUCAUUUAGCAUCUCAUCUUAAAACGUAUGAACCAGAGUUGUGUGAGUUUCCAAAUUAUAUUUUUCAAAUUUGUGAGAUCUAUUCUUCAUUUGUAUAAAGACUAAGUUUUUGGCCCUUACUUUAGUCUUGUUACACAAUCUACAACAGAUAUUAUUUUGCCUGAUGUGCAAUUUUAUAGCUGAGUAGCUUCAUUCUGUUUCAGUGGAAAUUAAGUAAUAGUAACAAUUUGUCAUAGGGAACCCUCAAUUUCCCUAUUAAAAAUAAUUUUGCCAAUUUUCUGCAUUGAAACCACUUUCUUCUUCUUCCUUUAUUUUCCUGUCAUAGCCAGCCUUAUUUAGAUUGAAACUCUGUACUGUGUCCAUAGUUUGUAAUUAAUCCUAUGCUGCUUCUGUGUUUCUUGGUGUGCCGAGUAAAUUUGAGAUCUGUUGUUCAUAAAGUAUUUUGUACCAUAUAGAUUGUAUGAAAUAUUGUAACGUACAUUGUUUAUUUGCUUCAUGUGUGUUGUUUUUAUUACUGUUUAGUCUCCGUGAUCAAAUAAAAUUUAAUACAUCCAA